AUGCCCCCGGCUCGCCCUGAUAGCAUCCGCCCCUGCCAUACCCACAAGACUGCCUUUGACAUUCUUCAAGACACUGACAGCAAGCUUCACUUAUAUCCUCCUGCUGACAAGGAACUCAAUUCCUUUUCCCGCGCUCUUGGUGAACUCGCCAUACCCAAUAGUCAAAAUAUUCCUCUGAUAAGGAGUGGCUUGGAUUCAAAGCUUGUCAAGCCCCAAAUUGAACAGCACGUUCCGCGUCUCCAGCGACCUGCCUUGAGCGCCCAUACGUUUGAGCCUCUGGCUGCGCUCGACGAAAACAGUGACACGACGUUUGCGCAGCAAAAAGCCGAAGCGACAAACAACACCACCCGCAACACCCCCACACACGCCGCGCCUGAACCAACUCUGCGAGAACAGGUUCAGAAGCAUCUUGCAGACGAUCCGCAUCAGCCACGGUUUCAUGGCCGCAGUCGCCAAUCUGAAUCGGACGGGGCUAUGCUUUUCGGCUGCAACCUGCUGCACUGCGCAUCGAGAUCAGGACCUAUUCAGCAGGUAUCAACUCAACAGCCGCAAACUAACAGAGUUACCCUUUUAGCAACACCAAUCACCGGUACCCAGUCAAAUCCCACCAUGUCGUGGGAUCAGCAAAAUGCCCCUCCGCCGUAUCGGGGUGCUGCCCUCAAGGUGCCGGAGGUGGUGGACAUGGUUGAGAACGCGCUUUCUCCCGCCCUUUCAGGCAUCUCAGACCCCAGUGAAAGCCUUGCGGGAAGCUCUAGAACUGGUUCCUUUUCCAUGCCGCGCAUUGAAGACUCGCUUGAGGAACUUGAUAGGCUCGAGGAGCAACUCGAGGCCGUCGGUGCACUGGCGAAAAUCAAGCCAGCCGCCCCCAGUGAUGUGGUCAGGUCGCCUGCCGCCACGUCUGCUCGCGGCUCACCCUCUGUUCAAUCCAUCACAAAGCGCACUUCUAUGAUGAGCCUCAAUAGCAAGACCAGUGAAAAGUCUUUGCAACGGUCUGCUUCCAUGACACUGCGUCAGAAGAACCGCCAACCCACAUCGCCCCCCACCAGGAAUGUCGGCAGUCCAGCUAGCAGCACACCAACUAGAUCGCCAAAAUGCAAAUCUACCAAACCACCAACGAUUCCCAAGUUUGAACUGCCUGGCGAGGCUGUUGCCCGGCGACUAAAGGAGCAGCGCGAGGCCCGCCAAGCUGUUCUCGAAAAGAGUCAAAAGGUCAAUGCUGCACCUGCCAAGCUGCGAACCGUCACAAAGCCUUCUUUCGAGUUGCCUGGGGAGGCAAUUUCUCGCAGAAAGAGGGAGCAGCAUGAGGCGAAGCUGCGGGCCGAAGAGGAAGAAAUGCGAAGGAAGCGAGAAUUCAAGGCCCGCCCUUUUCGCAAUAGCAGUGCUCCGAGCGUAGUGCCUCGCGAGACCAUUGCUAGCCGGGCACGGCAGGCCAAGUUACAGGAGGAGGAGGCUAAGGCUAAGGCUGCAGCUACAGUCCGAGGCAAGAGACUCUCGGCCGUCCCAGGACAGGUAUCCGCGGCACCAGGCACCGUCAGGAAGACUAGCGCCCCGACUCCGGGCCAAAGACCUGCUUCUUCCUUGGAUGCGGCUCAUAAGACAGCGCGUCGCCAAAGCACCCUUGGUCAGAUUAGCGCGCCGAGACUGCGACCCAACACAGCUCAGGACACGGGAGUCAAGACUGCCAGGGAGCAAGCCGCUGAACGCUCUAGAGCCGCGAGUCGCGAGUGGGCAGAGAAGAAACGACGCCAGGAGCUGGCACAGAAGGAGAUGCAGCGUCGCGAUGUGGCCAGCUAA